AUGGGAAAGCUCAUCAAGAAUCACUUAGCCCGUCUUAUCGUCAUGACAGCAGCAAUCUAUCACAUCGCCGCCAGUCUCCAUGGCUUCUUCUGGCCCAAAUUCUUCUUCGACUUCCUGACAAAGAACUUUGACCCCUCCGUCAAGCCUGUACCUAUACUACAAACCAUAAACCUCAUCUUCGGUUUCAUAAAUCUGGCCUGGGAGUGGCCGCUCGAGUUCCUCGCCGGGACUGCAAUACAUCGAUCGCUAGAGCUCAGGAUACUGCUAUUACCACUAUCGAGCUUGACAGCUGUGUUAUUGUACCAAGGGACCAACCCGGCGAUGUACUAUCUCAUCGGCUGCGGGAUAUAUCUCUGGGCGUAUACAGAAGGCGAGGUUGUCUGUGCGAAGCCUUGGACGUUACCACGCAGACCGAGCUGUCCGAAGCAUAUGGAACAGACAUGA